CGUCCCGCGCGCGAUCGCGCGUCGUUUUCCGCCGCCGCGACGUCGUCGCCGCACGCCACGACGGUGCUGUGCGUGCGCAAGGAUGGCGAGACGGUGAUCAUGGCGGACGGUCAAGUCACCAUGGGGAGCGAAAUCGUGAAGCCAAACGUGAAAAAAGUGAGAAUCAUCGAGCCGGGCGUCGUCGGUGGGUUCGCGGGCGCCACCGCGGACGCGUUCACGCUGUUUGAACGACUUGAACAACAGCUCGAGCAGCACCCGGGGCAAUUGACGAGGGCGUGCGUGGAGCUGGCGAAACAGUGGCGCACGGAUAAGUUUUUGAGAAAACUCGAAGCGACGAUGAUCGUGGCGGACAAAGAAUCGAGCUUUCAAAUCACCGGUUCGGGAGACGUGCUGGAACCGCACGAUGGGGUGAUUGGAAUCGGAAGCGGAGGGUCGUACGCCUUGGCGGCGGCGCGAGCGUUGGUGGACGUCCCGGGGAUGAAGGCUUUCGAUAUCGCGAAAAAGGCGAUGACGAUCGCGGCGGAUACGUGCGUGUACACGAACCAUAACUUCACCCAUCAAAUCAUCGGAGGACCGGACGCGACGACGAAGGCGGAGGAG